AUGUUUCUGAGGAUAUGUCCCACUAUUUAUUUUGCCCUCAGACCCCACUAUAAUGAUUCUUUUGCGCUAGCACCCUGGCAAACGCAGGACCAGACUGAGGACGAAAAGCCAACGCACAGCCAAUCAUACAACCAGGAAAACGCACAGUGCCGGUCAAUGGGAAAUUCAUCAUCUUCGUAUUAUAAUGAGUCCAACAAAAUACUCCUGGCUAUAUAUUCCUGUGGCCGAAUACUUCAUAGCACUGCAUCUGCAGUUCUGCCAUCUUUCAGCUUUUUUGGGAGGAAAUCGGUGAGAUUUGCAAUACCUACUACUUGUUAUCUUCGCAUCAGAAAUGAAGUACUGAAACAUUACUAG